CUAGAACCUAGUUAUUGGCAUUUGAUGUAGUCAGUUUAAAUAAUUCAGAACCCAUAAAAUUGAAAUCCUGAUUUCGGCUCUGAUAAUCUCCGACCUAAAAUUUGCUUAACUACAACUUCUCUUCUUUUGUGAUAAUAAAUCUUCGUCUUUAACUAAAAUCAAUAAAUGCAUGAUAUAUAGGGUAACAUAAGGGAUAAGCACUUUGUGAAACAUUCCUAUUUUCUUCUCCAACAAAUCAAGAAAAUGCUUUCAACUAUGGUGAUUCACCUCAAAACUCAACCUCUCUUUGUUCUUCUUCUCUCCUUCAUUGGAUUCAUCACCUUCUUAAGAAACUUCAUCAUUUUCCUCAAAUGGAUUUUCAUUACAUUUUUAAGAACUCCAAAGAAUCUUGUCCAAUCUUAUGGCUCUUGGGCACUCAUCACUGGCUCAACGGAUGGAAUUGGAAAAGCUUUUGCUUUUCAACUUGCACAAAAAGGUCUCAACCUAAUAUUAGUAGCAAGAAAUUUAAACAAACUACAACAAGUCUCUAGUGAAAUCAAAACUCAAAAUCCAAAUAUCAAAGUCAAGAUUAUUGUUGUAGAUUUCUCUUUUGAUGUUACUAAAGGGAUUCAAGAAAUGAAAAAAGGAAUUGAAGGAUUGGACAUAGGUGUUUUAAUUAAUAAUGUUGGUGUCACAUAUCCAAGAGCUAUGUUUUUUCAUGAGGUGGAUGAGAAUAUAUGGAAAAAUAUAGUGAAAGUAAAUUUGGAAGGUACCACAUUAGUGACGAUGGCGGUUUUACCAAGCAUGAUAGGUAGAAAAAAAGGUGCCAUAGUGAAUAUUGGGUCUGGUGCUUCCAUUGUUGUACCUUCUCAUCCUCUUUUCUCCAUCUAUGCUGCAACUAAAGCGUAUAUCGAUCAGUUUUCAAGAUGUUUAUACGAUGAAUACAAACACCAUGGUAUAGAUGUGCAGUGUCAGGUACCAUUAUAUGUUAAAACAAAGAUGACUUCAAGAGUUGCAAGCAUAGAGAAAUCAUCAUUGUUUAGUCCAACACCAGAGAAAUAUGCAAAAGCAGGAGUAGCACAAAUAGGCUAUGGUUGGAGAAGCAUGCCUUAUUGGCCACAUUCAAUUCAAUGGUGGUUUGCUUCUUUGUUGCCUCAAUCUCUUCUUGAUGCAUGGCGCCUCUCCAUUGGCCUUAAUAGGAGGAUUAAAACUUAAUUGUCCAACUAAGAUUUAACGAGACAUAUUAUCCGUUACUAGACAUCACAAGUAUUAUAAUAUAUAUUCGCCUCAGUUGUCCACAACAUAAAUCACAACUAUAAUAAACUUGGGGCAAUAUAUACUUUAACAUUUACAUACUUGUACACUUAGUAUAUUUAAAAGAGAAUUACAAUCGUAUCAUAUUUAAAAGAGAAUUACAAUCGUA